AUAGCCCGUAAAAGGCAUAUUCAAAUAUAAAAAGUCGUAAAGCCUGCGGGCUAUAGUAGAAAAUUACAUAUAUGAUUGAUAAGACACAAACUAAUGAACACGAAGAAAAACCAACAAUACACUAUUGUAUAAACAGUGUUCUAGAAUCGCCUAAGGAAUGAAUAUGUAUAUCGCCUUAAUCAACUAAUGCUGUAGGGACAUAAGGUAAAUUAUUGACCCGCACGUGGCAGGGAAUAUCACAGGUAAACACGACAGGUGACACAUUGGAUGGCUUCAGUGGCUGAACAAAUACGUAUUCUAAACAACCCGAGAUUGUGUCACUGAGCUAGUAUAUUGUCUUCUCCAGGAUGGACUUAAGUGUUGUAGCUGUGACCCUUAUUGUCAACGUACUUCCACUUUUCCAAGGAUCCACAAGCGUUCUGCUGUUGGAACCAAGCUUUGUGAGUAAUUGGACAGCAAUUGAAACACAAGCUCAAACGGAAGUCAAGAUUAUGCAUGAUUUCGGCGAACUUCCUGUAAAAGUUGUUGCGGAACUGAAACUUACUAUAAAUGGACACGAAUACAUCUUCAAUGCUCUGGGGAGUGCCCAGGUUGACGAUGAUGAUUACUCGGGAGCAUUAUAUGGAGGGAUUAUCUGUUUAUACAAUGAAGUACUAGUACAUGUCUUCGCUGCCAAGUCUAGCAGCAAUCCGAUUGGCCUACUAGCUUAUGUCGGUGAAUCUGGUUGGGAUGGGCCCAUGCACCUGAACCCUGACGAUGCCAAAUCGGGUCACGUCCGCGUGAGGGCAUGGAGGGCGUGGGAUUUCCCUAGACCUGAUUUCUACCAUCCGUGGACGGAGCUUAAUGUUCUAAACAAUAAUUUGAGUUUCCACGAGAUACAACACAACCUUGGUAAAUAUCCUGAUUACGUCAUCGUGCAGAUUAACGGCAGCAGGUCCGGUAUGACAGGAGAAGCCAUAGGUUCCAUCAGUGUACAAAAACAGCUUCAUGGUUUUAUGGUGGUAGGAGGUGUAAUGUUUGGUUACUCUGACACAGCCAUACGGGUCUGGACUCCAGUCUACUUACCACUAACCACCUCACAUACAGUAAACCUUAUAAGUACGUCUGAUGGAUGGGCAGUCAGUGUAAACGACUGGAUAUACGAUGGUCAAGGACACAUGAGGAUAUUCGCCUGGACGUUUGAUGACCUUCCUCUCGCUGUUAUCUCAGACUCAGCAGCAAGUUUUGAUUUCACCAAGAGUGUUUCAACGAAUGGUAUACUUAAUCUAGACACGACACUGGAGCAAGUCGAGGGAAGUUAUUAAAUAACUGUUUGAUUUCUUGAUUAAU